AUGACUUCCCCCAUCUCCUUCCUCACUCUCCCACCUGAGGUCCGAGCGAUCAUAUACGCCUCAGUCUUCGAUCAGACAGACGAACGCAUCAAGCUUGAACUAGAGCUCGAUCACCACCCAGAUGAUCACGUCCUGACCAGUUCCCAUAUCCAAUGGCAACUUCACGAAACCAGCAUUCACCACCCACUGUUCCUCGUCUCGAAGCAAGUCAACGCUGAAGCCUGGGAUGCAUUUCGCACAGAACUGUACAUCAUUCGAGAUUUCGCCGUUCAGUGCGAGACCACCAAGUCUGGACCGAGGCGGCCGCUAUGCAUCAAACCUGUAGGUGGCAUUCACACAGGCUUGGAUCUGAAGCCCUGGGACUUACCGCCUGCGGCGCUUGAUGAUGACUAUUCACGUUUGCUCAAGGGGAGUAUCACGUGGUCAGUCACCACGCUACGGCUGUUCAGCAUUCUUGGCUUUAAUCAGCGGUACAUGAACAAGAAGUACCUGCCGAAACUUGAGCUUGUCAUUUUCGAGUCCAUUGCUGCCAGCGCUGGUCGAGAAGAUUUCCCCGGCGAAGCGCACGCAAUCGACACGAGUGAAGUCGUGCAGAUAGUCACGCCGACCCUAGACAGCUAUGUCAGCUUCGUCCUGCAGUCUUUUCAAUCGCCUUGGGAUGUUCGCGCGGGUCUUCACGACAAGCGGCUGUUGUCCCUGUUGCACCGGAACGCUUGCGCGUACACGACUACAGGACUGGGCAGCCGCGAGGACAGAGGGUUCGAUGUGCACGUCACGGCAAGGAUUGGAAUCUGCAGGGUUGCCGAUAGCAUGGGACAUAAGACUGCGAUCGCAGAUAUGAAAGUGACCUAUGACUUCGACACGCUGAAAGUGCUGCGGAAGUGGGACUGGUGGGAUAGUGGGGCCUUUGUGCGCCCGAGAGGCUGGAAAGACGAUGGGAUCAAUGAAGUAUCGCGGUGUAGGGUGCCUUGA